UGGGAUGCUAUAACAGAAAUGGAUGAAUAUAAUCGUCCCAUCCACACAUACCAGGUAUGCAAUGUUAUGGAACCCAACCAAAACAACUGGCUUCGUACAAAUUGGAUCUCACGUGAUGCAGCCCAGAAAAUAUAUGUGGAAAUGAAAUUUACACUGAGGGACUGCAACAGCAUUCCAUGGGUGCUGGGGACAUGCAAAGAAACAUUCAACCUUUACUAUCUGGAAUCAGAUGAAUCCCAUGGAAUUAAAUUCAAGCCAAACCAGUACAGUAAAAUUGAUACUAUUGCAGCUGAUGAGAGUUUUACUCAGAUGGAUUUGGGAGAUCGCAUCCUUAAACUAAAUACAGAAGUUCGUGAGGUGGGACCAAUAAACAGAAAAGGAUUUUUUCUUGCUUUUCAAGAUAUUGGCGCAUGCAUUGCUUUGGUUUCUGUCCGUGUUUACUACAAAAAGUGUCCUUUCACUGUUCGGAACUUGGCUAUGUUUCCUGACACCAUUCCAAGGGUUGAUUCUUCUUCUUUAGUGGAAGUACGAGGUUCCUGUGUAAAGAGUGCUGAAGAACGGGACACUCCAAAGUUAUAUUGUGGAGCUGAUGGAGAUUGGCUAGUGCCUCUAGGACGAUGCAUAUGCAGUGUUGGCUAUGAAGAAGUGGAUGGUUCGUGCCAUGCUUGCCGGUCAGGAUUCUAUAAAGCAUUUGCUGGAAAUAUAAAGUGUUCCAAGUGCCCUCCACACAGCCAAGCCUUCAUGGAAGCAACAUCUGUAUGUCAGUGUGAAAAAGGUUACUUCCGAGCUGAUAAGGAUCCACCAACUAUGGCAUGUACCCGGCCACCUUCUGCUCCAAGGAAUGUCAUUUUUAAUAUAAAUGAAACAGCCCUUAUUUUGGAAUGGAGUCCACCAAUUGACACAGGAGGGAGAAAAGACCUUACCUAUAAUGUCAUUUGUAAAAAAUGUGGAUCUGAUACCAGCCACUGUGAGAUAUGUGGAGGAGGAAUUCGAUUUGUUCCAAGACAUAAUGGGCUAAUAAAUUCCUCAGUAACUGUGCUUGAUUUUGUGUCCCACGUGAACUAUACUUUUGAAAUAGAAGCCAUGAAUGGUGUCUCUGAAUUAAGCUUUUCACCGAAGCAGUUCACAGCCAUCACAAUUACCACAGAUCAAAAUGCACCCUCCUUGAUAGGUAUGGUCAGGAAGGACUGGGCUUCCCAAAACAGCAUUGCCCUCUCAUGGCAAGAGCCUGAUUUUCCUAAUGGAGCCAUUCUGGACUACGAGAUCAAGUACUAUGAGAAAGCCUACCCACGGAUAGCGCCGGCAUUUUGGCACUACCUGCGGGUAGAAGAGAAUGAACAGCUCAGCUAUUCUUCCACAAGGUCAAAGGCUCCAAGUGUUAUCGUCACAGGUCUCAAACCAGCCACCAAGUACAUAUUUCAUAUCAGGCUCAGGACUGCGACAGGAUACAGUGGCUAUAGCCAGAAGUUUGAAUUUGAAACUGGAGAUGAAACUUCAGAUAUAGCAGCAGAACAAGGGCAGAUUCUGGUCAUCACCACAGCUGCUGUGGGUGGAUUCACUCUUCUAGUCAUUCUCACUCUUUUCUUCCUUAUCACUGGAAGAUGCCAGUGGUAUAUCAAGGCAAAAAUGAAGUCUGAAGAAAAACGAAGAAAUCAUUUGCAGAAUGGACACUUACGAUUCCCAGGAACCAAAACAUAUAUUGAUCCAGAUACUUAUGAAGACCCAUCCCUUGCUGUUCAUGAGUUUGCAAAAGAGAUAGAUCCAUCACGAAUCCGUAUUGAGAGAGUUAUUGGGGCAGGUGAAUUUGGAGAAGUGUGCAGCGGUCGCCUAAAAACACCUGGGAAAAGAGAGAUUCCUGUAGCCAUAAAAACUUUGAAAGGGGGACAUGUGGAAAGACAGAGACGGGAUUUCCUACGAGAAGCUAGUAUCAUGGGACAGUUUGAUCAUCCAAAUAUUAUUCGCCUUGAAGGAGUUGUCACAAAGAGACCCUUCCCGACCAUUGGGGUGCAGUCUCUUUGCCCAAGAUUCCUGAGGGAAGGAUUUUUAAAUAACAUUGCAGUCCCACAUCCUUUGUCAGGGGGAGGAUCUUUACCCUCCAGGAUCUUCUCUGGUAGACCAGUAAUGAUAGUGGUUGAAUACAUGGAGAAUGGAUCCCUUGACUCCUUUCUACGGAAACAUGAUGGCCACUUCACAGUCAUCCAGCUCGUUGGAAUGCUUCGUGGAAUUGCUUCAGGCAUGAAAUAUCUCUCAGAUAUGGGUUAUGUACAUCGGGAUUUGGCAGCUCGGAAUAUUUUGGUCAACAGUAAUCUUAUGUGCAAAGUCUCUGAUUUUGGAUUAUCACGGGUACUAGAGGAUGACCCUGAAGCAGCUUAUACAACAAGUGGUGGAAAAAUUCCAAUAAGAUGGACUGCUCCUGAAGCUAUAGCCUACAGGAAAUUUUCUUCUGCAAGCGAUGCCUGGAGUUAUGGAAUUGUCAUGUGGGAAGUGAUGUCAUAUGGAGAAAGACCAUAUUGGGAGAUGUCUAAUCAGGAUGUCAUUCUGUCCAUAGAAGAAGGUUAUAGGCUUCCGGCUCCAAUGGGCUGCCCAGCUGCACUCCAUCAACUAAUGCUUCAUUGCUGGCAAAAGGAAAGAAGCCAUCGGCCAAAGUUCACCGACAUUGUCAGCUUCUUAGACAAAUUGAUACGAAACCCCAGCUCUCUUCAUACGCUAGUUGAGGAUGUACUAAUAAUGCCAGAUUCACCUGGUGAAAUUCCAGAAUAUCCCUUCUUUGUAUCAGUCAAUGAUUGGCUGGACUCAAUAAAAAUGGGCCAAUACAAAACUAAUUUCAUGGCAGCAGGGUACACAUCUAUGGAUCUUGUUUCAAGAAUGAGUAUUGAUGACAUUAGAAGAAUUGGAGUUGUACUUAUUGGACACCAGAGACGAAUAGUGAGCAGUUUACAGACUUUGCGAUUACACAUGAUGCACAUACAGGACAAAGGAUUUCAUGUAUGA